AUGAGCAAUGUCCUCUGCGUAGCAUGGCGCACUCCAUGCUUGGGGCUUCGGCCUUCAAGCUUGCGUCCGCCAGACCUAGCAAUACCACCCCGCUCACUAACUCGACAAAAUUCCCCGACGUGGUCUCUCGAUAGCAAUCUGCAAUGGCUCCAGAGCUCCAGGAGACCCUUUUCAUUAUUAUUUCCGACCUCGAGCGCCCCAGCCAAAUGUUUACCAUUUUCACGCCGACUCCAAUGCUUCCAGAGCUCCGCAGCUCUAUCAUCCAAUAAACCAGCACCCCAUCCGGUCGAGAAAGGAGCCAAGUUGCGCGAUGUCCCGUUUUCCAAGACCGAAAUCGCACAGAUCUUUGGAUCUCAAGUCAAGUUGUCACCCGCAAUGGGUAACCGGGUUCUCUCGGUUCUACAAGCUAGACGCCUUGCCGGUACGCUCGACCUCGACUUCCCUGUCGAUAUCGGACGCGCCGCGCGACCUUCUACGCUCGACGCUGGCCUUGAAUAUCUUCGAAGGCACUACCCAAUGGAUGAAGAUGCCGCCAUUCUCGCUCGAAUAGAACGGGAGGAGCAGGAAAUGGAAGAGAAACUCGCCCGAGAGGCAGAGGAGCUGGGUCUGUACAAACCUCAGAGCGGAUCAUAUGGCGCUCAAUUAGGCGAGCAAAAUGAUCCUUCGGGAAAGAGCAUUCUAAAGCAAAUUCGGGAACAAAAUGAAAAGAGGAUUCUUGCUCAGACGGAGAAGGAACGGCAGGAGUGGCUCGAGGGCGAGGAGAGGCACCGCGAGCAGAUGAGACAGCACAGGGCUAAGAACACUUCGCUUCAGAAAUUCGAGGAUACGUCUGCUUUGGAAGUGCAAGGGCGGGCAGAUCCUAAUCAACGGCCGCUUCUUGCGUGGAUACAAAAACAUCACCUCCGGGCAACGGAUACUGAAACGGAUUUCUCACAGCUGACGAUGAGCAGCCGCUUGAUCCCGGCGCUUAUCUUCACUCUCAUUAGUCUUGGAUUAUGCUAUGGGUUUGCCGUGACAUAUCAACCGCCAGCCAAGGCAGAUCUGCACGACGAUAUCGGGCGAGGCAACUUUCUUGCCCUAUACCUCGCAUCUGGCGUGUUUGGCUCUUUCGCAUCCCUCUCAGUGCUAGUCCUUCGAAACUUACUUCACGCAACCUCCCUUGGGGCCAGUGGCGCAACCGCCGGCGUACUCGCUGCCUCUGCUCUAAUCCAUCCAGGUACAAAUUGGACCAUCUCUUUCUUACCAACUGAGUGGCAAGAUUUCGUCUCCGCCCCAGCUUGGAUGUUAUUCGCCGGCCUGGUCACCUUGGACAUCGCUGGCUCCCUGUUGAAUCGCCGCGCGCCGAAGCUUGACUACUUCGCGCAUCUUGGCGGGUAUUCGGUCGGGGCUGUUUUCGCACUUGCUCAUAGGUCGAAGCGGUAG